CGACGAGCUCGUUCACAUUGGUGACGUCGUGUGUUGUGAUUGAAGUAUCGCGAGAUCGACAGACUGGCGAUUCUUGACUAUCACGAGAUUUGCUGCAACAGCUAGAAGACAAGAGCCAAGAACAGCAAACCCCAUCCAUCCAUCCAUUUUCUGAGGUGCUUCUCAUCACUAGGGUCGCGGGCGUGCUGGAGCCUAUCCCAGGCCUUUUUAGCGUUUCGCAUCUACGGCAGUGGUGGUGACGUCGUCCUGUUCUGAUCCAAAUAUCGCGAGACUUGCGAUGGUUAACUUGACGGAUGCGACUUCAGGCAAUUGAGAAUACAUGCUACGUACAGUUUCCGGAGCGGGAACGAAGGUUGUUGUAGCAGCGGCGGCUAGUGGCCAACAUGGCCGACAUGGAGAUGACGGAGACGCCAGGUGAGAAGAAGUCAGCCGCAAAAGGUGCACACAGGACGGACGCGGAAGCCGGGGAGGGCAGCACUACGAGCACCGACUCCUACGAGCUGCCCUGGGUGGAGAAGUACAGGCCGCAGAAGCUGAGAGACAUUGUGGGCAACGUGGACACUGUGAGCCGCCUGGAGGUGUUCGCCCGGGAGGGAAACGUCCCCAACAUCAUCAUAGCAGGUCCCCCCGGAACCGGAAAGACCACCAGCAUCCUGUGUUUGUCCCGAGCGCUGCUUGGCGCCUCCAUGAAGGACGCCGUGCUGGAGCUCAAUGCAUCAAACGACAGGGGUAUUGACGUGGUGAGGAACAAGAUCAAGAUGUUCGCACAGCAGAAAGUGACGCUGCCCAAAGGACGACACAAGAUCAUCAUCUUGGACGAAGCUGACAGUAUGACUGACGGCGCUCAGCAGGCAUUGAGGAGGAUCAUGGAGAUCUACUCCAAGACGACGCGCUUCGCCCUGGCCUGCAACGCCUCCGAUAAGAUCAUCGAACCCAUCCAGUCGCGCUGCGCCGUUCUGCGCUACUCCAAACUGACCGACGGCCAGAUCCUGGCGCGGCUGCAGGAUGUGGUGGAGAAGGAGCGGCUGUCAGUGUCCGACGACGGCCUGGAGGCGGUCAUCUUCACCGCACAGGGGGACAUGCGGCAGGCGCUGAACAACCUGCAAUCCACCAAUUCGGGCUUCGGUCACAUCAACAGCGAAAACGUGUUCAAGGUGUGCGACGAACCGCACCCCUUGCUGGUGAAAGGCAUGUUGGGACACUGCGUGGACGGAAACGUGGACGAGGCGUACAAGGUGGUGGAGCAGCUGUGGGCGCUGGGCUACUCGCCGCAGGACAUCAUCGGGAACAUCUUCAGAGUAUGCAAGACCUACCAGAUGGCCGAGUAUCUCAAAUUGGAGUUCAUCAAGGAGAUCGGUUACACACACAUGCGCAUCGUGGAGGGCGUCAGCUCGCUGCUGCAGAUGGCGGGACUGGUGGCUCGUCUUUGCAGUAAGACGGCGCCUCCUGCUGCCAGCUAGUGGCACUGAGGACAUCAAACCAGACCACCUGGAAUAAAUCACUUGACUUUAUCACGAUGUGCAUCAUUUUGUAGCCUUCCAGAAUUAAAACUCCACCUGGAAUAAAUCACUUGACUUUA